AUGUCGCUGUGGAGCAGCGCAAUAUGGCUGUUGACCCGGUACCUGGACAUCUACGCAAACUCACUUUUUCUCCUAUCUGGAGAGGUAGUGGGCUCUUGGGUCCUAUUUGCCGUGCUCUCUUCUCGCAACUGGCUAUACGAUCAUGUUUUUGAUAUUUUCGACGAACCUCUCGCAUGGAAUGUCUCCAAAUGGAUCAACGAUAGGGAAUACCCUGAAGGUCUGAUGCAUUUCUUCGGCAUCUUCGGGUCUUCCUACGUCGUUCCUACCAGUCCGGCCGCACUGACGGAUGUUCUAUCCACACACGCAUACGACUAUUCAAAACCCUCUGCUUUCAAGAGAUAUACAACUCGCUUCUGGGGCCAUGGGAUAAUAUCCCAGGAGCAGGACGAGCACCGAACGCAUCGUAAAACCUAUCUGUCGGUGUUUAAUCAGAGCAACGUUGCCCGUCUGAACUCCACGUUAUUCGCAAAGUCCAUGCAGUUCGUGGACCGAGUUUCAGAUACAUGCGAGGAAAGUGGCAUUCAGGAUAUCACCGGGUUAAAGUCCGCCGUGAUUCCAAUCUACGAACUGUGUGCCUUGGUUUCUUUGGAUGUGGAUGGGAUCUUCUCACUCGAUUUUGACUUCAACACCAUCUGCGGAGAGAAUCGCGAGAUCUUUGAGGCACAUGAGACGCUGUUCAGCAGUACGCCGCAGGUACGGAAGCUUUUCUUGCUCUAUAAUAUCGCGCCUCAAUGGCUUCUUGAUAUAUUCCCUUCUUCCGCUGCGAAGAAACUGGACGCGGCACACGACCUGCUUGCUGGUGUCUGUCGCAAAAUCCUCCGAGAACACCUGGCCCAUCCAGCAAAAGAUGACGCGAAGGCGGUUGAUUUUGCAAGAAACCUCGUGAACAAGAAUCUCUACAAUGAGGACGCCGCUAUUUCGCAGAUCCUGGUCAUUCUUGGUGCAGGAUACGAGAGCACCGGUGGUACCCUCGCCUGGGUAUUCAUCUGCCUUGCCCGCAACCCACAAAUUCAAGAACAACUACGGCAGGAGCUUAUCGAGGCAAGAAAGGGCCCGGAGCCUUUAGGUGCAGACGCAAAUUAUGAAAAAUUCGUCAUGCUUCAUGCAGUGGUCAUGGAAGCAACCCGGCUGUACCCCGCAUUCGCCUUCUUGCCUCGCAAAGCCAUCCGAGACACCUCCAUUGCAUCCCAGUUCAUACCCAAAGGUACUUUUGUGGCCUUGUCUCCUCACGCGCACAACUACAACAAGGCAGUCUGGGGGCCUAAAGCUGCGGAAUUCCUCCCCGAAAGAUGGAUUGAUCGGUCUGAUCCGCUUCGCCCUAGACAAAACCCACUAGGAGGUGCCCCUGCAACGGUGUGCAUGAUGUCGUAUUUCCAUGGCGCACGGAGCUGCGUCGGGCGGGAGUUGGCCGUGGCGCAGAUGAAAAGACAGGUUGCGUUGGUAGUCGAACGAUUCCACCUCGACCCCGUGGGAGAUCCCGACCCCCGUCCGGUGGGCUUAUUUGCCACGACCCCCCCUCAUGAUCUCAAGCUUCACUUUACAAAGCUGCCUUGCUGAUUGCCUGUGCUGCAUGGAUGUACCGGGUCACGCUCUUUGCAGCUAGAAC